GAAACCUUCCCAUGGCUCCAGAGCUGCCCCUAAAGCAAGACUAGAGGCAAAACCAGCCAGCAGCCCCUUCCCCUCCCAUCCCAGCCUGGCCCAGAUCACCCAGUUCCGAAUGAUGGUGUCGCUGGGACACCUAGCCAAGGGAGCCAGCCUGGACGACCUCAUCGACAGCUGCAUUCAGUCUUUCGAUGCAGAUGGAAACCUGUGCCGAAGUAACCAACUGCUGCAAGUCACGCUGACUAUGCACCGAAUCAUCAUCUCCUCUACGGAACUGCUCCAAAAAGUUAUGACCCUCUAUAAAAGCGCCUUGGCAAAGAAUUCACCAGGGGUUUGUCUGAAGAUCUGCUAUUUUGUAAGGUAUUGGAUAACGGAAUUCUGGAUCAUGUUUAAAGUGGAUGCCAGCCUGAUAAACACUAUGGAGGAGUUCCAGGAACUGGUGAAAGCUAACGGGGAGGAGGCGCACUGCCGCCUGAUCGACACAACUCAAAUCAAUGCUCGUGACUGGUCCAGGAAACUUACUCAAAGGAUAAAAUCAAAUACGAGCAAGAAGCGGAAAGUCUCUCUGCUCUUUGACCAUCUGGAACCAGAAGAGCUAUCUGAGCACCUCACCUACCUGGAGUUCAAGUCCUUUCGAAGGAUAUCUUUCUCUGAUUAUCAAAAUUACCUUGUAAAUAGCUGUGUGAAGGAGAACCCCACGAUGGAACGGUCCAUUGCCUUAUGCAACGGCAUCUCCCAGUGGGUGCAGCUGAUGGUUCUCAGCCGCCCCACUCCGCAGCUCCGGGCAGAAGUCUUCAUCAAGUUCAUCCAUGUGGCUCAGAAGCUUCACCAACUACAGAACUUCAAUACGUUGAUGGCUGUGAUAGGUGGGCUGUGUCACAGCUCCAUCUCCAGGCUCAAGGAGACCAGUUCGCACGUCCCACAUGAAAUCAAUAAGGUUCUCGGCGAGAUGACUGAGCUACUCUCCUCCUGCAGAAACUAUGAUAACUACCGGCGAGCCUAUGGGGAAUGCACCCGCUUCAAGAUCCCCAUCCUGGGGGUGCACCUCAAGGACCUCAUUUCCCUGUAUGAAGCCAUGCCUGACUACCUGGAGGACGGGAAGGUGAACGUCCACAAGCUGCUGGCCCUGUACAAUCACAUCAACGAACUGGUCCAGCUACAGGAGGUGGCCCCACCCCUGGAGGCCAACAAGGACUUGGUGCACCUGCUGACGUUAUCCCUGGAUCUGUACUACACUGAAGACGAAAUCUAUGAACUGUCUUAUGCCCGGGAACCAAGGAACCACAGAGCCCCGCCGCUAACACCUUCCAAGCCACCGGUGGUGGUAGACUGGGCCUCCGGAGUAUCACCCAAACCUGACCCGAAGACCAUCAGCAAACAUGUGCAGCGGAUGGUGGACUCUGUCUUUAAAAACUAUGAUCAUGACCAGGAUGGAUACAUUUCUCAGGAAGAAUUUGAAAAGAUUGCUGCAAGCUUCCCGUUUUCCUUCUGUGUGAUGGACAAAGACAGGGAAGGCCUCAUCAGCAGGGACGAAAUCACGGCCUACUUCAUGAGGGCCAGCUCCAUCUACUCCAAGCUGGGCCUGGGAUUUCCUCACAACUUCCAAGAGACCACCUACCUGAAGCCCACUUUCUGUGACAACUGUGCUGGAUUUCUCUGGGGAGUGAUCAAACAAGGAUAUCGAUGUAAAGACUGUGGGAUGAACUGCCACAAACAGUGCAAAGAUUUGGUGGUGUUCGAGUGCAAGAAGCGAACCAAAAACCCAGCAGCUCCCAUGGAGAACACCUCCCUGGCACCAACAGCCAACCUUUGCUCACUGGGAGGUAGAGAUCUGCUCCAUGCACCCGAGGAAGGGUCUUUUACAUUCCUAAACGGGGAGGCUGUGGAACACAGUGAGGAGAGUAAGGAUCGGACCAUCAUGCUGAUGGGAGUAUCCGCACAGAAGAUUUCUGUUCGGCUUAAGAGGACUGUUGCCCACAAGACUACCCAGACUGAAUUGCUACCUUGGAUUGGCAGUGAGGCCCCUUCUGGUCACUUCGUGCUGUCCUCUCCAAGGAAGACAGCCCAGGACACCCUUUAUGUACUUCCCAGUCCUACAUCUCCAUGCCCCAGUCCAGUCUUGGUCAGAAAGCGGGCAUUUGUCAAGUGGGAGAAUAAAGAGUCCCUCAUAAAAUCAAAAGAAGAGCUCCGUCAUCUCAGACUCCCAACAUAUCAAGAGCUGGAACAGGAAAUAAAUACCCUGAAAGCAGACAAUGAUGCCCUAAAGAUCCAAUUAAAAUUCGCACAGAAGAAAAUAGAAUCCCUUCAGCUUGAAAAAAGCAAUCACGUCUUAGCACAGAUGGAACAAAGUGACUGUUCUUAGCUAGAAACUCAAGGAGCAUAACCUGUGGAUGAGUACACCAGAGCUCUCAUUUCCUCAGCUGAUGAACACAAAGGCCGGGGCAACUUUAGAUGGACUAUCUAAAUGGAGAACUUUAAAAGAGAAAAGCCACUUCCUGUUUUGUUUUUUAAAACUAAAAGUCUCCUAAUGUACAGUAUUGUUUUCUCUUUCAGUCAGCUGACUCACACUAGAGGAAAGCUGAAGGAUGCAAAACUUUUCAUGUUCCAUACUAGUUUAUUUUUCUUUCUAGAAUAGCAAAAGUGUCCUAAAACAUGACUAUAGUUUCCUAACAAGGUAGUGUCCUCUAUGGCCUUUUGACUGAUUCUUAAAACUAAAAUUUCUGGAAAAUGAAUUGGCUUUUUCUCUGGGUUUUCUACCAACUGAGGGAUUUCCUUUGUUCCACAAAGUUUUACUGAUAAUGAAAAAAUACCCAUAUUCCAAAAGUAGAUGGGGGGCUGGGGAUUUAGCUCAGCCGCACAGCACCUGCCUGGCAAGUGCAAGGUCGUGAGUUUGAUUCCUGGUCCUGGAGAAAAACAAAAACAAAAACAAAAACAAAAAACAAUAGUAGAUUGACUUGUAAGUCCCAGCAUUGUUUUUGUAUCUGACUCCUACUUCACUACCUCAAAUCUAAUCAUUCGCCUCUUUCUCCUCCCUCGACACUAUGCCACACACACAAUCCUGUCUACUUAGAAAUGAACUUCUAGAGAUGCAGCCCUGGCUUUUUAGUGGUUUAUGAAAUAUGUUAUUAUCCAGACACAGAUUAGUUCUAGUCUUAAAGUUAUCAUAAAAUAAACUCGGUACCUGGAAACAUAGCUCUUACCAUCUCAUACAUGACUUGCUAGUUAGCUAAAAAUGAGCAUAAUGUAGACAUGUUUGUCCUCACAUUCUACAGUGAAUAGAAUUAGGAAUUUAUGGUUUUUUAAAGCAAGUCUGUGAAGAGUAUUUAACUCUUCAUGUUUCAACUUUUUUAAGUACACUUUUUAAAAUUCUCUUUUGAACUGAUUUGUGCUUAAACUGUCUUCACUAUUGAUACUACUUAGAGAAAUAAGCUAAUUGGAUCAGCAAUGUAAAUAAUAGCUGACAGCAUGUACAUAUGUAUAUAAUAUGUAUAUACAGUAUCAGGCAUGCAUGUGCUUUAGACUUGUCUCAAUAAAAUAAAUUUUAUUGUUUAGCAGAAUCGUAAGUAACCAGCCCAGUGUGUAUUCUACUAUGAAGGUUAAUGAAUGAACUCAGUCAAGGGCUAGGCAAUUAUUCACAAACUGACAAUCAUUUUCUUUUGGGGGAAUUUAGCUUCCAUACUUGGAAAACCCAGCACAAGGCUGAUUUAUAAUUCAUAUACAAGGUGGCCAGCUGCCAGGAAUAUAAUCUUAAUUGAACGUUUUAAAUCUAAAGCCAAAGCACCAAGUCCUCAUAAGAAUACAAAAUAUAAUAGUGUUGCCUGUUUGCGGAAUUCAGAUUAAGUUUUUUCAUGAAAGAUCACUUCCACUUGCAUACUUCUUCGUACUAAGUUUUAGUGACACAGAACUUAGGAAUGGUUUAUUAAAUUUUUAAAACUUGCUUCACACAUAAAUUUAUUCUUUUUGUAAAUCCAAACUCGGAAAUCCUCAAAGCAGGGCUGCUUAGGCCCACCACCUGGAAUAUAUAUUUUACUAGCACUAUUACUUGAUUUAUAUGGAGUAAGUAUGAGCUUAUGAAAAUGUUACAAUUCAAAUUUUUCAUUAUUAUUUGCCUCUGACACAGUAAAGAAUAUACCUCAAUUUUAAAAAUAUAACCAAUAAAUUUGCUCAUACUCUCUAUCCAAAAUAAAGACCUCAAGGUAGUUUUUAUGUAAAUAACCUGUAAUAUGUAGGAUUUCAAAAGGUCACAGUUCCCUUAACUAAAUUGUCAUGGCUAGAUACUCUUGGGCACUGAAAAAUGUUAUCACUGAAAUGAAUACAAGGCCAAAGUUUCAUCACAGAUUUUAAAAUCCAGCAAGGGCAAAAGUAUAAUGUUAUCUUAAUGUUAUUUAUGUUGUGCUACAGGAGCUAGUGGAAUCUACAGAAUAUUCCUGAAACAAGUUUUUGGCUUACCAAGCUUAGUAUGCAAAUUAGUGUUUUUCAUAUUGACUUGAAACAAUUUCGGGCAAAUAUCUAUCUGCCAAGACAAAGAUAAAUCUUGUAUUAUUAACAAUGUCACUUCUCAUUUUCUUUGUUAAUUAACUCACCUUUUUCACUGACCAUUUGUGAAUCUGUCUUAAGGUAAAUAAUGUAAAAGGACUGCAAGAAAAAAUGUACAGAUUGUAAAUUUUUUGAUAAUGUAAGUUUUCUUCGUGUAAUAUUUAUAUGAUAAAGACAUUAGGAUCCCACAACACACGUCUUGUGUUUCUUCUUCAUCUGCAUGGAUAUGUAUAAACCUCACUUGAAGUUUUACUAUUUAUGUAUGGACUACUCCUCUAUUAUAGUUUUGUCCUGGAAGCAAAAGCAAAGCAACUAGAUUAUUCAGUUUGAUGUUUUGAUAUCUUUUGUAGCACAAAGUAACAAUACAGAAAUACCCACUCUUUUCCCAUCCUAUAAUGAUUCAUAGUGACCCCCCCCCAUUAAGUCUAAAAAUAUAUUAAAGAAAAAAUUGACUUGUCA